AUGGCCACUACAAAGCAGCAAGACGCUCAAGCAUCUACACCUCGCAUAGGACGCUCAUAUGACCAAUUGACUGAAGACACAUUCCGUGAAAGCAGCCUCUCCAUCUAUCGCAAACCGUUGGAGAAUUUUUGUUUAGACGGUAGUGGCUCCAUCACCGAAUACAAGGCAAUCCUGAGCAUGAAGAGUUUCCCUAACGGUGUCUUUGCUGCGGUUAUCACGAAAGAGCAGGAAAACGAUAAUGCCAAUGUGCGUGAAGAUGACGGUAAUGCGGAUGGAGAGGAUGCCAGUGCGGGUGAUGAUGGUGAUGAUGGUGACAAUGUGGGUGAAACACAGGAGGAAGACCAACUGGUGCAGGUCAAAAUACAAAACUGUGUCGAAAAUGUUGAAAGGUGUCAUCAAAGAACAUUUUGA